GGUGUGAUAGGUGUACAGUUGGUGGUUACCAUGGUAAUGGCUAGUGUCAUACAGAAGAUCAUACCUCACUAUUCUCUUGCUCGUUGGCUUCUCUGUAGUGGCAGUUUACGAUGGUAUCAACAUCCUACUGAAGAAGAACUACGGAUUCUUGCAGGGAAACAAAGAGGGAAAAGCAAGAAAGAUAGAAAAUAUAAUGGUCACAUUGAAAACAAACCUUUAACCAUUCCAAAAGAUAUCGAUCUUCAUCUGGAAACGAAGUCUGUGACUGAAAGGGACACUAUUGCAUUACAUUACUUUCCUGAAUAUCAGUGGUUGGUGGAUUUCACUGUUGCAGCUACAGUUGUGUAUGUUGUGACUGAAGUGUAUUACAGCAUUGUGAAGCCCUCACAAGAAAUGAAUAUCAGCGUAGUGUGGUGUCUACUUGUCUUGGCUUUUGCAGUUAAGGUACUGUUUUCAUUGACCACUCAUUACUUCAAAGUAGAGGAAGGAGGUGAAAGAUCAGUCUGUGUCACAUUUGGCUUUUUCUUCUUUGUGAAAGCAAUGGCAAUUUUGAUUGUGACAGAAAAUUAUCUCGAGUUUGGACUGGAAUCAGGAUUCUCAAAUUUCUCAGAAAGUGCUAUGCAGUUCCUUGAAAAGCAGGGUUUGGAGUCCCAGGGUCCUGUGUCUAAACUAACCUUCAAAUUGUUCCUGGCUGUUUUGUGUUCACUUAUUGGUGCUUUUUUGACAUUCCCUGGCUUGCGACUGGCUCAAAUGCAUCUGGAUGCUCUGAAUUUAGCAACAGAAAAAAUAACACAAACACUGCUACAUAUAAACUUCUUGGCACCUUUAUUUAUGGUUCUUCUAUGGGUAAAACCAAUCACGAAGGACUACAUUAUGAACCCACCUUUGGGCAAAGAGAGCAUACCUUUAAUGUCAGAAGAUACAUUUGACACCGUGAGAUUGUGGAUUAUAAUCCUGCUGUGUGCUUUACGAUUGGCUAUGAUGCGCAGUCAUUUGCAGGCUUAUCUGAAUUUAGCACAGAAGAGUGUGGAUCAGAUGAAAAAGGAAGCUGGCAGAAUAAGCACAGUAGAUUUACAAAAAAUGGUGGCUCGAGUAUUCUAUUACCUUUGUGUAAUUGCCUUGCAGUAUGUUGCACCAUUGGUAAUGCUCCUUCACACAACUCUGCUUUUGAAAACACUAGGUAAUUAUUCUUGGGGCAUCUACCCAGAACUGAGUUCCAACACUCCGGUAGAAAACAGCUUGCUUCCCAAUUCAGCUUAUUCUGAAUCUGUCCCUGCUGAUGGAAAGAUGAAAGUAACCGUAGUACAAAUAACAAUGGCUUUGGGAAGCCUAAAGAAUAUUUUCACUCCUCUCCUGUUUCGGGGACUCCUGUCGUUCCUCACGUGGUGGGUUGCUGCUUGCCUCUUUUCUACAAGCCUUUUUGGGCUUUUCUAUCACCAGUACCUGACUGUGGCAUGAUCAACUGAUAAGUAUGAAGUCAAAUUCUAGACACAAACCCAGGUACCCAGGAGGAGGCGAAGAAAAAAAGAAGACAGAUAUUUAUGAAGAGAAAACAUAUCAUAUUUUUUAAACUCUUCCUCUGUGUUCUCAGGGUGAAUAUUCUUAAAAUGCUUAAAAUCACAACUGGGUUUGUUAGUUUUGUUACCCAAAUGGUAGCUAACUAAUUCAAUUAUAGUGGUAAGACUGAUAUUAUUAUAUGGCAGGCACUGGUGCGCAUGUUUAAAUGUUACAACUUCAGAGUAUCUUGGUUUCUAUAAAGAGGAAGUCGCCUUCAACACUUAAAGAAUCAGCAGUCAGUAACUGAAAUGUGUGAGUAGGUACUGGUCAUGCUGAUGGUGGCUACUUGUUGAGUAAAAUAUUGAAACUGAGCCAUACAAUGGACAGAAAAAGGGGAUUUUAAAAAGUUCUGUUGGAUAGUUUUUGAUCACUUUUCACCAUGAAAAAUGAAAUAAUCCAGCAGGACAAAAGCAAUGCUGUAUAUUACAGUAAGGAAAGUUGUAUAAAACUUCAAUUUAUCAUAAGAAAAAUGUAUGGGCCUGGCAGGUAUUGCUGCCUAAAUAUUAUGCAGGAAUGCUUGCACAGUGAAAGGAGAAUUAUAGAAAAACAAAUAAAUAAAUAAAUAUAAUUUCAGUCCCUAAGUCAUUUUGAAGUAAUGGCCAUUUGUAUUGGUGCUAAUCUUGAUCCACAGAUUCCAUUCGGAUCUUUUAAAAUUUUUCUUUUUAGAUAAUAGAUAAAAUUCCAUUGAAUUCACAAAAUAAUAGAAUUAGACUAGUGAUGCCAAUUAAACAUUUCAAAACAAUACAGUUUAAUCCUGCUGACUGAGAGUGUAUGUAUCUGUGAUGUACAUAUAUAUAUAUAUAUAUAUUAUAUAUGAAAUAUAUAAUAUAUAUGGAGUUAUAAAAUAUGGAAUCUUUAUUUUAAAUUACUGAAUGUAUACUAAAGGGCCAUGGGAGAGGGAUAUAUAUGUAUCUAGUAAUUUCAAGAACCCAUUUGAAAUGAAAAUUAAAUUUUUUUGAAAGUUCAGUUGAAAGGGCUAUUUGUUUUUGGUGCCUCUACAAAGGUACUUAGCUCUACUAAAGAACUUAUGCUGUUCUGAAAGAAGAGAUCUGCUUCAUCUCUUAGUCUUGAAAUUUCUGCUGUGUCAUAUCAUUUCCUCUAACCAGUAUAACUUGUGUUAACUUGGCCAUGCAGUAACAACUAGUAUCUCUUGGCUUCAGAAAUAAAUUUUCUGUGUAGUAAAACAAUUGUUAUAAGGAGGAACAAGACUUAAAUUCACAACUUUUGCUUAACUGGAGGGAUAGAGCCUAUAUAUCAAGCCAUUGUGAAACAAUGAUUGAUGAAGUUUUGGAUAUUUUGUGUAAUGGGAUAACAGGACAAUUCAUAUGCAGUAGUAUUUUUUUAAAAAAGUUAAUAUUUCACCAUGCAGAGUUCAGUGCUUCUUUGACUAAUAUUGGCUAUUUUUAUGUUACUGUUUUUUUUCUCUUUACUUUGUGUACUACUUUAGCAUAUAAUCAGCAUUUCUAAAUGAAAGUUUAACAAAUAUUAAAUAUGUUGCAAACUUACCAUAUGGGAAAGCGAACUGCCAGUGAAUGCAGAAAAUUCAGAAUUUACACUGGUGAUAAACUGUCUUGCUAUAUCAAAUACCCUUUACGUAUUUACUAAUACUAGGAAAAGAUCUGCGUGCACCAGCUAGUACAUACUGCAUGUGUUUGGGAUAUCUUGAGAACACCUUGCGUGACUUGACUGGUUUCAUUGCAGUGUAAUAUUUCAGAUGCAAGCUUUGUUUUUUUACACCAGCUCUCCAUGACUAACAAGGACAAAGAUUCAUCUGUGUAAAUUGGACUAGGGUAUUUUACUUCAUGGAUUCAGGUCCUGAAAUAUUCCUAGGAUUUGAAUUUCAGAUAAAUAGAAUGAGAAAUUAUCACGGGUCCAGUAAUACUGGAUCCAGUUGCUGUUAGUUCAAGAUAUUUCAUUAAUAUAAGAAUAAUGCAAGCAUCUAAGUCAUAGGUGGGUAUCCACCUUUAAUGUUUCAGUCAUUACACUAGUAAAACAAUGAAGUACAAAUUGAUUCUGAUUGUGAACUUGACCCAAAAAGCUCACUGCUUGAGAUUGUUGCAGUUGAAGGAUAGGAAUAAGAUGACUUCAAAAUAAUGCUAAGUGACUGUUUCCUUUAGUAUAGUGCAUAUUCUUGGAAGCUCGUAGGUAGAAAUGAACUAUUGUGUGUGUAGCUCAGCUCUGCAGAGCUUUUGAUGAGGAAUCACACUGUCUUAUGUUUCAGAUAUCAUACUGUUCACAGUGAAUUAUGCACUGGAUGAUGCUAGCAUUAAGAUCAGUGCUUUUGGUUGUUGCUGUUUUGUUGUUCCAUGGAAUGAGAAGGAUGACCCUAUGAUCAGCAGUUUGAUCUGAGUAGGAGGCAGUUUUCUUUGGUUUUAUUUAAUCCUUACAUGAGGCUUAUUGAAAACUAUAUAGCAAUAAACAUCUUUGAACUUUUAGGUGACAGUGAAAUGGGACGAAGUAUAUUGCUAUAGUUGUGAGCAAUGCAUUUUAUAACUACCUUAUAUGAUAUGCUCAGAAGUGACUUUUAAAAUAAACUAGCAGCCUUGAUAGUUCUGACCUACAUGUAUGUUAUGUAAGUAGUAUCUGCUCACUUGUUCAGGAAGUUCUUUUAAAACAGCAAAUGCUUCCCCCCUACACCACCAUCCCCAGAGAGCUUUAUUGGCACUUUGUGAGGGGAAAAAGUAGCUUACGGAAAUGGAAAAACAGAUAAAAUAAGACUGAAUUGCCAGUAAUUUUUAUUCAGGAUUCUUGCUUUUUUUAUUCACAACCUACUUCAUUUUUGAGAGAGUUAGGAAGGAAAGAUGCCUUUGAUGAAGUUCAGAUCUACCUUUAUCACUCUGGUAAUGUGACUUGCUGGCCUGAUGUUUUUCUUUUUUCUGUCCACAACUUUUUCCUUACAUUACCUAUGAAGAACUGACCUGGCUAGAUUAGUUAAUAUUUAUAUGUUGAUUAUUGUUUUGUUAUGGGUUUAAAUUAAUUGGUCAUUGCAGGACUAGUUCUUUAAACAAUUUAAAUAACUCCAAAGUCCAGCUGGAAUUUGAACAGAAUUACUAGUACGUUAAAAACUCUUUCUAUUGCAGUUGUCAUUUUAGACAGAAAGUUAAGAUAGUGCUAAAUCCAUGUCUUCCAGCAAGAUUCAGGAUAGUCCAAGUGUAACAUUUGGGCUGGAGAAGUUGAAUGGGAAAAGGAAGUGGGACUUGAACAAGCCUGCUUUUCCACUUUGCAAGCAGUAUUCUCAGGCAGCACUUGACCUUUGUUGAUCAUUUGAGGCUCUAGGAUUUUCCAGGAGUUGAAGGAACUGUGGCAAUUUUUCUCUCUUCCUGUCUUCUCUUGCUUGAGAAACAAAUAUAAGAAAUAAGUAUUACAUCAAUACAAGAGAAGAUCCUGUACCAGGGGGAUAUGCUUUAGAAAACUCAUUUCUAUGGCAACUGUUCUUCAACUUCUUCUACUCACAAAUACUGGAAGAUAAGCAAAUAGAAAUGCACACUUACCUGAAUUGUAAAGUCAUACUCACCGCAAAAGAUGCGGUCAAGAUACAUCAUCUAUGCAAGUAGGUAUUAGAUAGGUAGUUAGUGCAGAGUUUUCAAGUAACGUCAAAGGAGCAAUUAAAAUUAUUUUUAUUAUGCUGUACUGGAAGUACAGCUAAAUUCUAAUAGAGGUGUUGGAUUUAAUAGAAAAUUUAAAAGUAUCUUAUGUAAAAACGUAUAAGUCUUUUCGAAGGCUCUACAAGGUAAAAUGCCAUGUGUGUUUUUAUUCUCAAAGGAUUGUUUUGGACAUUCUCUUGUUUUGUUUGUUGUUGUUGUUGUUGCUUUGUGGUUUUUUUUGUUGUUGUUGUUUUUUUUCCCCAAGAGAUUUUGAGUAGUUUUGAAAUGUUACAGAUUGUUUUGGUAUAUGACAAUCUAUGCCACAAAAAUUCACCCUACAGUUAAUGUUGUCUCUAACAAGAAUUAAGUUCAUAGUACAAACGGGCAAUCUUGAAUGAAAACAAGGCCACACAAAAUAGAAUGUUCUCUUAGAGAAGUCUUUGCACUAUGUCUAAGCAAGUUCUAACAGAGGAAGUCAGUAGCAGGUCCCUUGGAUCAUAAAUCGUAUAUGGAGGUAAAUGCUUACCAUAAUGAGUAAAUAAGACUGUUAUUUUCAGCAUUUGAAUUCCAAGUCCAAAAUCCCAGAUGAUAAGUUAAGAGCAGCCUGGUUGUUCUAAAGAGCAUCUAGGCAACACAUACCAAAUGCCUGAUUUACUUAACGCUGAUGCAGGGCAGGCAGUCUACUGCAGAGUGAUUUCUGUUCAACUUUUUCUUUAGAAAGGACUGCCAUGCUUUAUGGUGCGGGUAGUACAAGUCCUGAAUUGAUGGUAUACCUAAUCUCCAUUCUCAGUACUAGUCUGAAAGGUUUUCUGUUCUGUGGGAGAGAGAUUAUGAGGCCAAGAUGUUAUUCCAAGGCUGCUUUUACUGAAAUCUGUGUAUGCUGCACUUAACUUUUUCAAGUGUCUCACUGUGGAUUGCCAGGAGAGUUAACGCUGCACUGGACACUUCAUGCCAGUGUACAUGUAUUUUUAUAACUUUGAUUUUAGUAGUAUUUUUAAUGGAAAUUAUUUUUAAUCCUGUUACCAUCAAUCAUAUUUUAAUUUUUUUAUUAAUAUCAGUGCCUGCAACUAGAAGUCAAAUAUUUCUACACUCAACAUUUUUUAAAACUUGAUUUCCAGACUGGAGUGCUAGCAAGUAUGCAGUUUUAUAUUGAUUUGUGUAGUCUGCCUGUAAAUAUCAAACUUUUUUCACUUGCUGUCAAAACAUCAAGCAAGACCAAAGGAGAAGAUUCGGAUUUGCAGUAUUCAGCAGCAUUGUACCUUUAUGACUCUGCUAUUAAAAAAAGCAGACACAAAAGCACAGGAAAACAAAAACGUAGAUUUUAGAAGAAGCUUUUUAUAAACUCCUUAAUAGUUUUUAUUUUAGUGAUGUGCUAAGUAUUUUUUUAAAGCUUGGCUUAAGAUAUCGUCGUAAAGUUAACUUUUUCUCUCUUUACCUCUUUUCACUUUGUCUGUCCAUAAAGGGAAGUUUGCUUCCCUUAUAGACCUAAUUUUCAAGAAUGCAUAUUUAUUGUUUUUUAGAUUAAAAACCAGAAAAAAAUAAAUACACCCAAAAAAGAUUAUUUUGUAACUGCAGUUCAUACCUGUGUCAUGAUGUGCCAACAAACAGUUUUCUGUUGUCUUCAAUCAUUUUCUUGUCCACUGUUAUUUUUCUUAUGUGUUAGUACAUACAGUUUCCUAGGAAAAAUCCACAUGGGGAAAAAGUCUGUAUAAGCAAUGCUAGGGCACUUUGUGUAAUGUUACAACUGUUCCAUUUAUGUGACUAAAUACUAAUGUAAACAUGCUACUAAAUGAUUUAAGCCUAAAAAUUCCUACAAGAUAGACUUGUUAUAAAUUACACAGGAAACACCCUCCAAGUUGUAAAUACUUGACUUCAAUUUCUCUGUUGCUGGGUUCGCGCAUAAAUUGUGUUGCUGUUCUGUCUUAAAUAUUUUCCUAUCUUUUUAAGAGAAAAGCACAUAGUACUGAACAAAUCUGAGAAUAGAGGGACUCCUAAUCCACCAUUUCAGUAUUUGCCAAAUGGAAAAGACUCUUAUAUCUUUAAUGUAAACUUUAGUUUCCUAUUACUGCUAAAUUACUUCUGAACUAUGAUUUUAUAGUUAGAGUUUUGCAAAGUAAUACGAUUAGCAUGCUUUGUAGCAAAGGUGUUAUCAAAUGGAUGUUGCAUUAUAUAGACCUCUCCUGACAAAUUCUCAUUUACUGUAUGCUUUUCGAGUUCAUCAGGACUUAGAAACAGGAGAGUGCAAUGCAAGUUGAAAGAGCUGAGGAGAUAUUGUGUUUGGGGGAUUGCUGGCACUUUAAUUUUUUUUUUUUUUAAGUCAGUGGGGAUAAUACUUAGGUGCAAUUACUACAAAUAAUAAACAAUCUAAAGAAAUGUUGUAUUCUUUUUGUGCACCGUAGACUAAAGUGCCUAACAUGGGUGGUCUGUAGAAGACAUGCAUUAAACUUCUUGCAUGCAUCUUGGUGGUCAUUUUGCUAAAUAACAGGUCAGUGUUUGGAAAGAAAAUACACAGAGUGCUAGUCCUAAAAAAGGGGAUAUGAUAAAAACAUUCUUUCCAUACAUCUUUUGGUAUAUAGAAUGUCUGUAUAUUUACAGGUCAUUAUACACUGGAGGCAAAUAAGAUUUUGGAGAAAUCUUUUCCAUUUUUAUUACUUUACUGAUACAAUGUGACACCCCAGUGCCAUAUGUACAUUCGGUUUUCAUCCUUUUUUGUGAUUCAAGGAAAGAACUGGCACAACUUGGAAACAGUUGAUUUUAGCAAAGUUUUCUAGUGACACCCUUGAUUCUGCUUUUGCCCUACUUCUGCAGCUAGCUUUGAUAAGUAGCUCUGCUUGAGAUCAGAAAGACCACACUGAAGUUCACCACACCUGUAUGGAUUUGGACUACAGCAGAGGUGGAUUGUAGUAUGACUGUUUGGGACUGAGCAAAGAAGAGGCUGCUGGUUGUAUUGGCCAAUUUUUAGAAUGCUUUUAGAGUAACUGUAUAGCAAACUCAUCUGUAGCUGUCAGCUACUUCCUUGCCUCUGAAAAUGGUGAGCGGUGGUAAUCAUCUGGUCUGACGGGGGAGCUGAGAAGCUUGCCUUUGAGUAAAUUAUCUCUAAAUGUGAAGUGCUUGUAAGCUGAAAUGUUGUAAUAGGUUUAAAUCUACCAAAGGAAGCCUUCCUCCAAGGAAGCCUUAUAAAACCAUUUUGAGCUUUUAGCUCUGAGAAGUGGCUUUAGUAGCCUAUGCUGUAUGUAGUACACUGUUGGGGAACACUUGCUCCAGUAAGUAUGCUAAACGUUUCCUUACACUGUGUGUAAGAGAUGGUGGCUUGUUAUUUUACUGCAGAACGCUAAGAAGCUGGUUUUGUCUUGUUUGUAAGUGUUAGCGUAUACCAGGCAGCAUUUUUUUAAUGUUAAAAUAGUAAAAAUUGGUUUGUCAUCUAGAAACCUAAAAUCUUUAGCGUCAAUAAAUGCUGUGAGUUGAAGCAAGAUUAUGCUUUAUUAUUCCUCUAGUAAUUCUGGUGAAAUGAUAUAAUUUAUGUUUGUUUUUAUAAUGCACACAUUACUGAAGUUAAAUUUGUAUUUGUUAGGUACUAGUGGUAAUACUACAGCAAAUAAGAAAAACUGUGAUAUCUACUGUGUAUUGAGUGCCCCAUCAACUUUCCUUUGUAAAGCAUUGAUCCGUGUGAGACAUUUAAUGUCUAUUACAGUUAUGCUAAUACAGUAUUUAGUAUCCCUACAUGUACUCUGCAUGUCUUUGCAUUUGUGCACUGUAGAAGGAUAAAUUGUUUUUCAGUACUUACUCUAGGUUUAAAAAAGCUUACAUUAUUUUAUAUAGUAUUUCCCAUAUCCAAAAUAGGGCAAUUUCUGAAGCCAAAGAUCAAUAAAUGUUUAUUGUCUAUCA